CUUCAGGGACACCUCCGAAGCAAGCAGUAAACAUCAUCAGAACUCAGCUACACUCUCCAGAAUUCCAUAACAAUGGCAGAUGCUCAAUUCGAUAGUGCGCUCGACCUUCUCCGGCGGUUGAACCCCCGCGAUACAAAGCAAAAUCUACAGGCCAUUACGUCCAUUAUCCCAGACCUUACCGAAGACCUCCUGUCCUCCGUCGACCAGCCGCUCGAGAUCCGUCGCUGCCCCAAGACGAAGCGGGAUUACCUCCUCUGCGAUUACAACCGUGAUGGCGACAGCUACAGAUCUCCCUGGAGCAAUGAAUUCGACCCACCGCUCGACGAUGGCACAGUACCGAGCGAGAGAGUGAGAAGGCUGGAGGUUGCCGCGAACGAAGCGUUCGAUGUUUACCGGGAACUCUACUACGAGGGUGGUGUUGGAAGUGUCUACUUCUGGGAUUUGGAUGAUGGGUUUGCCGGCGUUAUUCUCUUGAAGAAGGGGGUAUCUCCAGGCGGCAAGCACUCCGGCGAGUGGGACAGCAUCCAUGUAUUCGAAGCGACCGAUCGAGCACGUCAGGCUCACUACAAACUGACCAGUACAGUGAUUCUUCACCUCUCCAACGAAACCGAAGCUCUUGGUGAGAUGGACCUGAGUGGGAACAUGACCCGACAGAUCGAGGUCGAUUUGCCCGUUGACUCUGAUGCAAGCCAUGUCGCCAACGUCGGGAAACUGGUGGAAGAUAUGGAAUUGAAAAUGAGGAAUUUGCUGCAGGAGGUCUACUUUGGUAAAGCUAAGGAUGUUGUUGGCGAACUCAGGAGCGUUGGACCACUGUCGGAAACCAAUAGAGACAGGGCCACCCAACAGGAGAUGCUCCGAGGACUGCAGCGGUAGGCAGGAUCUUGGGUUCGGUGGUUAUAGCGAUUGUUUCAAAUAUCAGUAGUUAUUUUUGCGUAUCCUGCGGGUGCGGGGCUAGUCCUUGUAGGUACAUCCUCGGUCUGUGUGCAAUUAAAGUCGAUCUACGAUCCACAAAGGCGCUUCGUAAUUUGUACAGACAGUGUUUAUAGCAGUGCAUUCGAAUUCGGGUAUCAUAAAAGGAGUUCGGUUAUCCAGUACCGGUCGCAAUGCGCUCAUCCAAUAGAAGGGGACGGUAAAAGUAAAAGGGAUCGCUCCUGCAAGCCAUGCAAAACAGCGCCUGGCUAUGACCGGGGUAUCCUCUCUCCGUGAAAAUUUGAUAAAACGCCUGCUCAUCAUAACCAGAGGAGAGAAAUCAAUCCACCCCCAUGCUCUCCUGGCCUCCUUCUCCCUUCACCCCGGUCUGUCCGCCAGGAUGUGCCUGAUUAAUUCGCU